GCGAGAGGGAGGAGUGAGAGCUGUUUACAUUGUGAUCCAGGUCUCAGAUUUAUAGUCAUCCAGCUGCACCACCGGGACAACAGCUGUCCCGUCUUUUUGUCGGCCACUUUUUUGUCUGUUUUUAAAACGUUUCCAUUUUACGCGUCAUGUUUUUGACGCACAGGUGAACUUAUUUCGCCUCUACGCGCCUCAACUCACUCCAAAAGAGGAAAAGUGUUUGAAAGAAAAGCCAUAUUUCAAACUCUCCUCCUCGGUGUUCUCUCUGAAUUUCUCGGAGGUGAACAGGUUGUCACAGCCAUGUCCAGGAAGAAGGCAGUGAAAGGCAAAGGGAGCUCCAAGAGCCCUAAGGCGUCGCCCAGCAGCGGGAGGACGGGGAAAGGUCUGGCCGCCGCCGCGGCUCCGUCCUCCGGACUGGUUUAUCCCAGCAGACCGUCCAUUAGCAACAGCGGAGAGUUUUAUGACAUCGCCUUCAAGGUGAUGCUGGUGGGGGAUUCAGGUGUUGGUAAGACCUGUCUGCUGGUCCGCUUCAAAGAUGGAGCCUUUUUAGCCGGGAGCUUCAUCUCCACUGUGGGCAUCGACUUCAGGAAUAAAGUAAUGACCAUUGAUGCUGUGAAGGUCAAACUGCAGAUUUGGGACACUGCUGGACAGGAGCGUUUCCGGAGUGUCACACAUGCUUACUACCGCGACGCUAACGCUCUCCUCCUUCUCUAUGAUGUCACCAACAAAGCAUCCUUCGACAACAUCCGGGCAUGGCUAACAGAGAUCCAUGAGUACGCCCAGCAGGACGUGGUCGUCAUGCUGCUGGGCAACAAGGUCGACUCCACACAUGACAGGAUGGUGAAGCGAGAGGAGGGAGAGAAACUGGCAAAGGAGUUUGGAGUGCCCUUCAUGGAGACGAGUGCUAAAUCUGGACUGAAUGUGGAGCUGGCCUUCACCGCAGUGGCCAAAGAACUGAAGCACAGGACCAUGAAGGAGCAGGAUGAGCCAAAGUUUCAGCUGCAGGAGUACGUCAACAAAGAAAUGAGGACUGCUGGCUGCUGCCGUUCGUAGACCACAUGCUAUGUGUGUAUGUGCCCGCAUGCCUGUGUAUGUGUGUGUGUGUGUGUGUGUGAGAGAGAGAGAGAGAACAGGUACAUGGAGUAGUAGUUAAUCUGGUGAGUCAGGGAAUUAUCAUGCUCAGUGUAACAUAAAUUAGUGGUGAUAUGACCAACAUGCUCUCUCUCCCAACCCACCUAUCCUCUGCAACUGUGAAUGUAAUAUAACUCCUAUCUACAUACUUGCACGUACACGUGCAUAUAACACACACACAAACACACACACACACACACAUACGGCUAUGUUUGUAAGUUACUUCACAGCCCGUUCAAUCCAUUUUUCCCCAUAAUUGUGAUGUACAUAUUUUAAAUGUAAUUUUAAUUUUGUGCCCUAAAAGCUUUGUAGUUUGUAAAAUGCCUAAAUGUCUUGUUGAAACUGAAGAACAUAGACACAAAUAUGUUGAAUAAUAAAUCAAUCUUGUCAGAGUAAUACAAAUGAAUAGAUCUUAUAAACACAUUUGUACAGAUACACUAUUGCACCUAAUGUAAGCUGCCAAAUGGCACUGUGUGCUGUUAUGUACAGGAUAUCAUAUGAUAACUGGUUUUUAAUACUUGUACUUGUGAUCGUGACUCAUAAUACUGAUGUGUAAAAAAAAUAAUUUGAGCUCUUUGCCUUUUAUACACAGAUUGUUCAGUUUGAGUUUAAAGCUGUUAUGUGUUAUGCAUUUUUACAUUUUAGGAAUACUUCACCCAUGAACGAAGAAUCCAAAAACGGAAAAAAAAGUCUGGAUUGUUUGUGGAAGUCAUAGGGGGCCGCGUUUAACUCUGCAAAACUAUGUCAAAACAUCAUCAACUGCACGAGCUGUGUGAGUGAUUGUAAAUGGACGUUUUGAUAGUUUUGCUGUUGCGAUCUCCCAUGACUUCAAUUCGUCAAGGAUUUUCUCCAUUUUUGAAUUCUUCGUUCACUGUAGAGGCAGUCAAGAAAAAAUGUUUUCUUCCAGAAUUCAAGGUGACACAGGGUGAGUAACUGAUAUACAAAUAAGUGAAGUUUUCCUUUAAGAAAUCUCCUUUGGUAAAAAUUAGGCCAUAUUAAAUAUAAAAAACAAUAUCAUCAACAAAGAGACUGUCUCUACUGUACUAUGCUUCUGUGUUUUACUUUUUCGUUGUGCAAAUUUGGGGGAAAAUCAGUUAUAGUAUUUUAUUGCCACAGACAAAAGGUGAGUUUCAUUCUUCCAUAGAGCUUCUAGCACAUAAUCAUAUUUGAUAAAGAGAAAAAAAACAAGAGAUAGAGACAAAUUGCAUCAUAGUUUUUGUGACACAAAGCAACAGGGCUCUUGUGAAAUCUGGUAUCAGCAAGGACAAAAAAAAUUUAGUAGUGAGGUUGAAAAUUAAUUCUCUACAUUGGAAGUGAAAAGAAAACCCAAACUGAAUUCAGGGUCCACUUACAAGCACAAGCAGCUUCUGGAGAUUUCCAUCACAUUUCACUGUCACUGGAGCCAAUCUUUUAAUGAAGAGUUAAUCAAGACUGUCAGCUUUUACUAAACUUACCGAUGCUGAUUAACUUGAUUAUAUCAACAGAACUUCUCCAUCCUGGGAUGAAGAACUUGAGAUGUGAUUGAAAGCUCUGAGUAAAGCUUGUAAGUGGCAAGUUUGUUUUUUGUUUUUAAGUUAAAUAUUGCCAUUUUGAGACAGAGGUUCUAAAGAGGAUUUAUUAUUGUCCACUUUUUGUAUGUACAAUAAAUUUAAACUAAAUCUUUAUUUUUCGCCACUUUGCCAGGGUUAAUUUCAAUGUAUCAAAAUGUCCAAACAAGAUGAAAUUAACAUGAGCACAGCAGACCUGCCAAGUUCCAGUCUUGUACUUUUCAGUCAUGAUUACAAAAUGUAGAAAACUAAAUCUCCCAGGCACCCCCUCCCCCAAAAGAGGUUGGCCUGAAUCUGUUUUCACUUGUUCCUGUGGUUUUGUAGAGAUGUAGCCAUAGUUGUUGUGUCUUUGCUGACAUACCUUACCUUUUUCUUCAGUGCGACGUUUUAUUAAGAAUGAUUUCAUACUGCUGUCUGCUUAUGUUAAAAAAACACACUGUAAAUUCUACCAUGAAAUCCUACAUAUACAGACUUUAUUUGCUUACAUUAAAUGGUUACAAUGAAUCUUGAUAUACAGAUUUUGCAAAUAGAUUUUCAGUAUAAAUCAGAAG